GAGUAGAGGAGAGGAGAGGAGAGGGAGAGUACUGCGCUAUCCAUUACUUACUUUAGGUAGGAGGCAUCCAGCGCGGCGUUAACAUCGCCUGUGUUGGUCUAAAAAGGAAGAUAAGCAUCUUUAUCAAGGCUUUUGUGUUUUAUGAGUUACCAAGAAAGAGGCAUCAACAUCCGUCCAAUCAUUUUGAAGAAAGAGGACUGAAUUAUUGUCAUUUUAUCGGAUCUGGAUCAAUGUUCAUGGACUGAUGCGGCCAUGGCAAGUCUCGGUCUCAGCUAUACAAACCGGCUCCACCUGGAGAAUAUAAAGUGAAAGAGAAAACUGAUAUAUUAUAAUCGAGUAAUAUGAACCCUACAUAUGAAUGUGUGUUCAAUAUAAUGUGAUUUAGGACAUUUUUCUGUGACUUUCACAUAGGCAGCUGUAAUACUUGGACUAAAUGCCUAUUUUGGAUCUUUUAAAAGGCAUCUUUGAUAGUUAAAGGGCACACAUUUCUAUGGACAAGCCGGUCACUGAAUUCAUUACCCCAGAAGAAGAUAUUCCUGGAGUUUAUCUUUAAACGCAUUAACAGAGAGUUCAUUUGGGACACACAUUUUUGCUCUCGUGUAAAAGGAGUCUGUAAGGAUCGUGGUUAAAGAAUAAAAGGGGUUUGGAGAUGUCAGGCCGGCCUAGGACCACCUCAUUUGCUGAGAGCUGCAAGCCAGUGCCGCAGCCUUCAGCCUUUGGCAACAUGAAAGUCAGCAGAGAUAAAGAUGGCAGUAAAGUUACAACAGUUGCCGCGACCCCCGGUCAGGGUCCCGACCGACCUCAGGAGGUCAGCUACACGGACACAAAGGUCAUCGGGAACGGGUCGUUUGGAGUCGUAUAUCAGGCAAAGCUCUGUGACACUGGUGAGCUGGUGGCCAUAAAGAAGGUUCUACAGGAUAAAAGAUUUAAGAAUCGUGAGCUACAGAUCAUGAGGAAAUUAGACCACUGUAACAUUGUACGUCUGCGGUACUUCUUCUACUCCAGUGGAGACAAAAAGGAUGAUGUUUAUCUGAACCUGGUCAUGGACUACGUGCCUGAGAACGUGUACCGAGUGGCCAGACACUACAACAGAGCCAAACAGAAUCUGCCCAUGGUCUAUGUGAAGCUGUACAUGUACCAGUUGUUUCGUAGUUUGGCAUACAUCCACUCAUAUGGGAUCUGCCAUAGGGACAUCAAGCCUCAAAAUCUUCUGCUGGACCCAGAAACAGCUGUACUCAAGCUCUGUGACUUCGGAAGUGCUAAACAGCUGGUGCGUGGUGAGCCUAAUGUUUCUUACAUCUGCUCGCGGUACUACAGAGCCCCUGAGCUCAUCUUUGGAGCCACAGACUACACUUCCAGCAUUGACAUUUGGUCAGCUGGCUGUGUACUGGCAGAGCUGCUGUUAGGGCAGCCUAUUUUUCCUGGUGACAGUGGUGUGGAUCAGCUUGUUGAAAUCAUUAAGGUUCUGGGUACUCCUACACGAGAACAGAUUCGGGAGAUGAACCCAAAUUAUACGGAGUUCAAGUUUCCACAGAUUAAGGCACAUCCGUGGACUAAGGUUUUCCGGCCCCGCACCCCUCCGGAGGCGAUAGCUUUGUGUUCCCGGUUGUUGGAGUACACACCCACGGCCCGUUUCACUCCUCUUGAGGCCUGUGCUCACACUUUCUUCGAUGAGCUCCGAGAGCCCACCCUCAAGCUCCCGAACGGAAGAGAGAGGCCUUUGCUGUUUAAUUUCACUACACAGGAGUUGUCCAGUAACCCCUCGCUGACCUGCUUACUCAUCCCUGCACAUGCUCAGAACCAGGUGGAAAACUCCACUCAGUCUGCCUUGGUUGCAACAGGUGCCAACUGUGGCAAUCGUGGUCUGAACACCAACGCUGCCUCUUCCACCCUGAAUCCUUCAACUUGAACCCCAACCACCCGUCAGCAGGCCAAUUACACGCAGCUGCUUAUUAACCACGCCCACUCCCCUGAGUCAGGGGUGGGGCUAAAACAAAACCUAAAGCUCAUGAUAUGAUGGAUGCAUCAACCAAACCUUCCCCCAGCCCCGUCUCAUUGUCUGUUUUUAUUCUUAUUGUUAUUUAUUUGCUCUAAAUGACUGUAAACUAGGGCUCAAAAGCUUCGCCUCAGGACUGUCUGCGAAGAUGUUUGAUUAUUCUGUAUACUAAAUAUACCCUUAUAUAAAGAGUUACACCUACAAGUAUGUUUUCACAUGUGUACUUUGACAUCUUUUUAUGGAAAUCUGUAAGCUGUUGCCACUGCUUCUUUUAUAACUAUACCAACAGAAGAGUUGGCCUCUACCAUUCUGGUCUCUGCCUGGCAACCAAUGCCCGUCAGUACCUGGUCUACAGGCACAAACGAUGGCUGCCCAGGUGAACUGAGUAUGGUAGAGCUGGAAGGAAGUUUGAGAUAUAGGAAAGCUGGUCUUUGAUUGGCCGGCAUGGGCAGAUUUCUAGGGCUUGUGCACAUUCUGUAGGCUGUAUGUGAAAUACAGUAUAUGCUAAUGACAUUUGCCUCUUCCCUCAGUAUUGGGUGGAUAUGUUGUAUGCUUAAACCUGUAUGCUGCUGUGAACCUCUUUAUUUUAAACCACUUUUGACAGAGUGAUACACUCCCUCCAUUUCCUAUCCUCUACCCGCUCGUUUUCCUCCUUCCUGUUGAAUUGUCACUAUGUACUUCACUGAACUCUACUAAUGUACUGUUUCUCAACACACAAAAUCUUAAUCAUUUUCUGUGAGCAAGUGUGUGUGUGUGUGUGUGUGUGUGUGUGUGUGUGUGUGUGUGAGCAUGCUUAUAAUGAUCUCUUUAUAAAUACGAAAAUGCAACAAAAAAGAGCACGAGCAAGGUUACCCCAAAAUAGUUUACCCCAGAAUGAAAAUCAUUGUCCUCAUGUCUUUCCAAACCCAUGACUUUCUUUCUUAAGUAGAAAACAAACGGCAUUAUUCUGAAGACUGUACUGGUUGCUCUUUCCAUGCAAUUGUAUUGAACAGGGACUGAAGCUUUGAGCUUUAAAAAGUACUCAACAGUGACUUAUGUGCUAUAUUCCAAGAUUUCAGAAGCCAUACGAUAGCUUUGAUUGAGGAACAGACCAUUUAAGUUAAUAAUCUUACCUUCCAGUCAGCCGUAAACCACCACGACCGCAUCUAAUAAGUAGGUUAGAACCGCCGCAAUCAGUCUGAUUUGUGAACGAAUCAUUCAAACCGGUUUUGUAAAGCGGAUCAACAGAUUCAUUGGAAACAUCUGACUCAAGAGAACGAUCCUUUAAUAAAUAUGAUAUUGCUAUUUCUUUCGUGAUCUCAUAUGAAUGUACCAAGGAGAGCUAGUGCGGAUGUCAAGAUUUUCAGUGAAUAACUCAAAUCUUUUAGUCUUUUUCUCACACUAAGCUAUUGUAUGGCUUCAGAAGACUUUGAAUACAGUGCACAAGUUGUAUGGGCUUUUAUAAUGCAUUUACGAGCUUUUGGGUCUUUUUUUAAGCUUCUUCAUUCCUUUUUCAUUGUAAUAGCAUGGAAAAGAGCGACCAGCACAGUCUUCAAAAUGUUGUGUUCUUACCAAGAAAGUAAUUCGUGUUUUGGAAUGACACAAGGGUGAGUAAAUGAUGACAGAAUUUUUAUUUUUGGGUGUACUACUACUUUAAAACUGAACAUGUGAACUGAUUUCCUCUUCUCUCAUAAACCACAAAUCCCAGUUUGAAAGAAAGAUGUCCUUGUUUAGCACCAUCUGAAUUGACAGAAAGGAACAUUACAAGGACACUAAAAGAAGAUGAGAACGCUUCCUUUAGGGUACAUCUGUGAUCAUUUCUUGUUGUUUUUCUUGAUCACAUGGUCUUUAGUGUCCUCUAGUGUUAGUGGAGAUGUACAACUGAGGUUGAUGUGACAACUGUUUCUUAUUAUGGUUCUGAAUCAGCAAAGAAGAGCAAUGUGAUGCAAAGAAGGCCGUUAUGCCACAAGUGUAGGAAGUAUUCAAAUAAUCAUUUGUUUAAAUAAUGUAUGCUUAGCAAAGGGAAAGAUGUCUAGUGUUCAACUUGAAUUUCAGCUGCUGAGCUCUUGUUCAGGUCAGCGCUCACUGUUACAGGGUGUUUUUCAUUUUUUUUUGUGUUUUUGGCAUUGUUUUUCUUUUUUUAUACUUUUAACUUAAAACGAGACUUUUCUGAAGGACUUUGUCUUAUCGCCCUCUUAUUUAAGGACUUUAUUAUGUAUUUUAAUUGUUAUGGAGAAUAUUUUAGGGACAUAUACAGUAUAUACAGGGUUUUUCGGGAACAUGGUCAUGAAUCAACCGUAUUACCUACAAUGGCAAUAUAUAUUUUUUUUUAAGCUGUAGAAAACUUUCAGCAGCAAUUAAAGGGAGUUAUGUCACAUGGCACUUUUUAUUUUUUUAUUUUACACUUAAAGUAUAUGUUUUCAAAGUAUACAUGCUUGCACAAACAGCCUGUACUGUAGGCAGCCAUAUUGCUUCACUGUUUUCUCAGCAUGAUACCUCCCAGUGACUCGUAUUUAAGAUGAAUAUGAGAUACAGUAUAUAAAAUGAAAGGGAUAAUAGAGGAAAUAUAAAUACGUUAAUGCAAAUGAUACAAUUCAGAGCUAUAAGAGUCAACCCAACAUCAAAUGGAACUCCUAAAACAUUACUAUUACUUAAAUGUAUUUGGCAAUGAUUUCUCUGUUCUCAUACAUACUGUCUUUGUUCAUUUUUUGUACUGUAUAUUUUCUCCUCCCAUGAAGGUAUGCUAAAGGUCUCUUCUUGUACAUACUCAGUGUGCAUUCUGUCCCUUGUGUGUUCCGGUUCAGCAAAGUAGGCACCUGAUACUGCAUUGAAUAAAGAGUAGGUUAGCCUUGAACCCUUUAAACCGUUUACUUUCUCUUUAUUGCUUAAUGUCUCAGAAUUAGAUUUUAAUGAAUUACAGUUUUGCUCAUUGUCAUGACUUUUAGCUGCCAAUGUAUGUUGGCAGUGUUUGCUAUUGAGUUUAUGUUAAGAACUGCACAAAUAAACUCUGCCUUUGAUUGAGUCAAUGUUGCUAUGCGAACAGCAAUUUUUUCUAGCGCCACAGAGACACAGUAUUUACUGUUUUUGAGAAAAAUAAACAUAGAAUGGCUUACUUAUAGUUUUCUAUGCAUAUUAAACUGGGAUAGGAAAAAGUAUUAUGCCAUCGAAAAAGUUACUUCAGCUUUAAAGGGAUAGUUCAAACAAAAAUGAAACUUCUCUCAUGAUUUACUCACCCUCAUGACAUCCCAGAUGUGUAUGCCUUUCUUUCUUCUGCUGAACACAAAUUAAGAUUUUUAGAAG